AUGAACAUUUCCCAGAUCCUCGAAAACACAUUUAAUCCGACCCAGCGAGCGGAGGCGGAGGCUCAGUUGGAGGCGGCGGCGAAGGACCACUUUGUGGCGUAUCUCGGUCUGCUCACCGAGUGCUUGGCCACUGCGACACAGCGCACGGACGUCAGAAUGCUUGCGGCACUCUGUCUCAAGAACCAGCUCACGGCAAAGGAUGUCGUGACGCAGCAGGCGUAUACGGAGCGCUGGAUCGCGUUGGACACGGGCGCAAAACAGCAAAUCAAAGAGACGGCGUUGGGCGCUCUCUUGGCGCCAGAGACGCCGGUGGCGAACGCGGCGGCAUCACUUGUCGCAGCUAUCGCCGCGAUCGAGCUCCCACGCACCGAAUGGCCAGAGCUCAUCCCGAUGAUUGUUGAAAAUACCAAGACCGAACAGCCGGUCAAUGUCAAGCGUGCAUCGCUCCUCACGAUUGGGUACAUCUGCGAGGCUGCGGACCCAAGCGACCCCGGAAUUGCCGCACAGGCGAAUGGGAUCUUGAUUGCAAUCGUGCAAGGCGCACAGGCGCUGGAACCGUCGCGCGUGGUGCGUCUCACCGCGCUCAAUGCGCUUGUUAACUCGUUGGAAUUCAUCCGGCUGAACUUCGAGAAGGAGGGCGAGCGCAACUACAUUAUGCAGGUGGUGUGCGAGGCCACACAGGCUGAGGAUACAGAUAUCCAGGAGAGUGCGUUUGGCGCGUUGGCGCGCAUCAUGGCGCUCUACUACGUGUACAUGCGCGUGUACAUGGAGAAGGCGCUUUAUGGGCUCACCGUCAGCGGGAUGCAGUCCACGGAUGAGAAAGUGGCGUGCAUGGCAGUGGAGUUUUGGUCGACAGUGUGCGAGGUCGAGCUCGACCUCACGUUCCAGGUCCAGGACUAUGGCGCUGCGGACUAUGACAACUACAACUUCGCACUUGUGGCCAUCCAGGACGUGUUGCCGACGAUGUUGGCGUUGCUCACUCGCCAAAACGACGAUGCUGAGGACGACGAUUGGUCGGUAGCCAUGGCUGCGGGGGCGUGUUUGCAGUUGUUCGCGCAGAACACCGGCAACUAUGUGGUGCAGCCAGCGCUCGCGUUCGUCGAGUCUAAGAUCCAGGCGCAGGAAUGGCGCGACCGCGAGGCCGCCGUCAUGGCAUUUGGCUCUAUCUUGGACGGCCCGGACCACGAACAGUUGAAGACGUUGAUCACCCAGGCUCUUCCACCCAUCUUGAGCCUCAUCAGCGACCCGGUCUUGCAGGUCAAGGAGACCGUCGCGUGGUGUCUCGGCCGCAUUGCUGACCUCGUGGUGGACGCGAUCGACGUCCAGACUCACCUUCCGCACUUGAUGACCGCGUUGGUUCAAGGCAUGCAAGACCACCCGAAGGUGUCUACCAACUGCUGCUGGACGCUAAUGAACCUCUUAGAGCAGCUCCAGCCGGAGGGUGCCCAAGAGGAGACUGGUGUCUUGUCGCAGUACUACGAAACCUGUGUCCAGGUGCUUGUCACUGUGUCUGGCCGUGCCGACAACGAGCAUGCCGCCAGAGCAUCCGCGUACGAGGCCCUCUCCGCGUUUGUAUUGUACGCCGCGAACGACACUACCCAGAUCGUCAACGGUGUGGCCACCGAGGCGUUGAGCCGCUUGGAGGCUACUAUUGCCAUGGUCGCGUCCGUGUCGUCUAUUGACGACAAGCGCAACUUGGAAGAGUUGCAGACGAAUAUUUUGGCGCUCCUUACCAACGUCAUCAGACGGGUUGAUCAAGGCGUCGUGCCAGUCGCGGACCAGCUCAUGACGCUCUUCUUGAAAUUGUUGGCGACGGAAGAGCAGAAACAGCAAGGCGAGACGUCGCUCGUUGAGGAAGAUGUUUUCUUGGCUCUCUCCGCGCUCGCCAGCGCCACUGGUGCGGGCUUCGCUAAGUACUUUGACGCAUUUUUACCGUAUCUCACGCGCGCGUUGGAGAAUACUGAGGUUCCGACCUGCAACACCGCCGUGCGUUUGGUCGCGGACGUGUCUAGCUCCAUGGGUGAAGCGAUCUUGCCAUAUGUGGGUGGUUUGAUGAACAUUUUAGGCGCCAAUUUGAGUAACGUUACUGUCAGACGCGAGUUAAGACCAAUUAUCUUAUCGUGUUUUGGUGACGUUGCCACCUCCAUCGGCACUCAUUUCACGCCGUACUUGGAGGUUGUGAUGAACAUCUGCCACCAGGCCGGCGCCAUGGAGCCGGAAGAUGCCUCCCCCGAGACUAUUGACUAUGUUUACACCGUUCGUGAGGCCGUUUUGGACGCCUACGUCGGGGUAGUUGCGGGACUUGCGGACCAGGCUGAGGCGCUCUCACACUACAUGGCCAAUAUCUUUGGCUUUUUGGAGAGCUUAGCCAAGGACGCGAGUCUUAUGACCACUGACAACGUCGCACGCUCUGUGGUGGGUUUGAUUGGUGACUUAGCGGUCAUGUACCCGGACGGUAGGAUCAAACAGGCGUAUGCUCAAGAAUGGGUUUCUGAAGUGAUCAGAAAGACGAGGAGCAACCCGCAGUUUUACCAGGCGACGAGGGACACUGCAAGAUGGGCUAGGGAGCAGCAAAAGAAGCAGCUUCUGAUGUAA